GGCGGGGGCCUCAGAGUGGAAGGAGGGAGCAGAAGGGCGGGGCAAGAGGCCCAAAGGAGGACAGACUCCAACUCUGACUUCUUCUUCGACUCUCCGCUUGCCUCUCCUGCUCUGAGCCGGGCAUCUGGCAGUCAUGUCACUCCUCCUCUUGGUGGUCUCUGCCCUUCACAUCCUCAUUCUCAUCUUGCUUUUCGUGGCUACCCUGGACAAGUCCUGGUGGAUUCUCCCAGAGAAGGAGUCCCUGAACCUGUGGUAUGACUGCACAUGGAACACCACCACCAAAACGUGGGCCUGCGGCAACGUCAGUGAGAAUGGCUGGCUGAAGGCAGUGCAGGUGCUCAUGGUGCUCUCCCUCAUCCUCUGCUGCCUGUCCUUCAUCCUCUUCAUGUUCCAACUCUACACCAUGAGAAGAGGAGGGCUCUUCUAUGCCACCGGCCUAUGCCAGCUCUGCACAAGUGCAGCUGUGUUCUCAGGGGCACUGAUUUAUGCCAUCCAUGCUGAGGAGAUCCUGGCGAAGCACCCGCGAGGGGGCAGCUUCGGAUACUGCUUUGCCCUGGCCUGGGUGGCUUUCCCACUCGCCCUGGUCAGCGGCAUUGUCUACAUCCACCUGCGGAAACGUGAAUGAGCACUCUGUCCCCUAGAAAAUAAAUCCAUUUAACCACGA